AUGUUACGGUACCACACAAUAUUGCAAAAAGUUGUCAAUGCUUUUAAAAAUAAGAAACAUGAGCGUUGCAACUCCACAUCAACAACAUAUCCACAUAUAUUUAAAGAUUUACCCAAAAUACAAUGUUCCCGUGUUUCCAGUGGUUUAACAGUCGCUACGGAAGAGAGAAAAUGCAACAAUGUCUGUUUAGGGUUUUACAUCAACGCAGGGUCUAGGCACGAGGACGAUAUUUUAAAUGGAAUCACAUACUUUUUUCAGCACAUUGCCUAUAAAGGUACCCAGAAAAAGUCAAAAACCAAAUUAGAAGAUGAAAUGUCGAACAUAGGACCUAAAUUUAAAUGUUUUACUACUCGUGAUACUACAGCGUUCUAUGUGGAAUGUCAUACUGAAGUUUCAAUGCGUGCAUUAGACAUUCUAUAUCAUUGCAUUUUUAACAACGCUUACGCUGAGCCUGAAAUAGAAAUACAGAAAGACGUUGUCUAUCAAGAAAUGUUAGAACAUGAUAAGUGCCCAUCAAAAGUUUUACAUGACUAUUUACAUUCUUCAGCAUUCCAGGGUACGCCGCUGGGUCAGCCAGUUAUGGGUCUUAGUAGAAAUCUUUAUAAUUUUAAGCCAGCCACGAUACGCACUUAUUUAAGUACAUUGUUUGUUCCAAAAAGAAUAGUUAUGGCAGCCGUUGGAGGUGUAAAACAUGAAGUGAUGGUAAAUUUAGCCGAACAAUAUUUUAGGAGCAAUGAUGGUUUAAAAUGCAUUAAGUCACGCCCUAAUAGAUACACAGGAUCACAAAUUGUUUACAGAGAUGAUUCAAUGAAAGUGGCUCACGUAGCUAUUGCAGUAGAAGGCCCGUCAUUUUGUGAUGAAGAUAAAAUCUGUAUGGAGUUAGCUUCGUCGGUAAUAGGAGGUUGGGAUAAAUCACAGCCAGGUGGAACCAAUCAUGGAAUGCGCGUCGCAUAUAUCGCCUCUUCAGGAAAGUUUUGCGAGUCCUACAAAGCAUUUGACUUUUAUUAUGAAGACACUGGCUUGUGGGGCGUUGAGUUCAUAUCACCAAGAAACGAAGUUGACGACAUGGUCUUGACGAUACAAGACGAGUGGAUGCGACUGUGUUACAUGAUGACUGAUGGAGAAUUGAUAAGAGCAAAAAAUGAAAUGAAAACAAAAAUAAUAAUAAACAAUCAAAGUACUGUUCAAGCUUGCCAUGACCUCGGUCAAAAUAUUCUUCGUACUGGUCAACAUAACAACCUUCUUAAGAGAUUACAGGCUAUUGAUAAAAUAACAAGUAGUGAGUUAAAAAAUGUUUGUGACAAGUACAUAUAUGAUAGAUGUCCGGUAGUCGUAGGUAUAGGAGCUACUGAAUCUUUGCAAUCUUACCCAAGGAUCAGAAGUUACAUGUAUUGGUUGAGACUA